AUGGUGAUGGAGCGGCUGGCGGACUUCGUCAGCAAGUCGCUGGAAGGUGGCGAAGCGCCUGCACCACCUCCAGAGCCCGGGGAUUCUGAUGACAUCGACGAGGAGGUGGAUAUUACUGCGUUAGAAGAAAAGGCACCACCGGCGAAAAGACCCAGAAACUGGCUUGUUUCCCCCGUGCCUCUGCAGAACUACAAGAGGGAGGAAGAUGAUGAUGACCAUAAACACGAUUUCACUGACAAGUCAAACGGCGGAAGCAACAAUGGUACUGGUGGUGGGAAACAGCGGCGAUCGCGGACGAACUUCACGCUGGAACAGCUCGGUGAAUUAGAGAGACUAUUCGAUGAGACGCACUAUCCUGAUGCGUUCAUGCGCGAGGAGCUCAGCCAACGCCUCGGUCUCAGUGAAGCAAGAGUUCAGGUGUGGUUCCAAAAUCGUCGUGCAAAAUGUCGGAAACACGAAAGUCAGAUGCAUAAAGGUUUGCUCGUGGGCGGUGGAGGCACGCCUCUGGAACCGUGUCGCGUGGCGCCCUACGUGUCGGUGCCACGGCUGGCAAGUACCGCACCACGCGCUCCUCCACCACCGCCGCUACCACUCGCGCCCCAUCCACCAGCUACCGCAUUUGCACCUUUUGAUUCUGCUUUACUAUCUGCUGCAGCACAUCAGUAUGCAAGUGCAGCGGCGGCGGCUGCAGCAGCUCUGUGUCCCCCGUACGCGGGCUUAGCGGCGUUAGCAGCGCGAUGCCGUUCAUCCUCCAUCGCAGACUUACGGUUGAAGGCGCGAAGGCACGCGGCGGCGCUGGCGGCUGCAAGCGUCCCCUCACCGCCAGCCUCCGCCACUGCACCCUCACCUGUUUCUGCGCCCGCUGACACAUAG